AUGGGCGGAGGAAGACGUCGAGCCCGUAUCGUCGUCGAGACCCUCGAGAGCCGCUACAAUGAAGCACUGGCCACAAAAGAGACGCUCGAACAAAAGGCCCAAGCGAGCAUGCGGUUGAUGGAAGACUUUCUCUCUCAGCUGGAAGCCCGUGUCCAUAGUGUCCGGGAUCGUGGCUUAUACGGCGCCAUUGAUGAAGGUCUGCGUGCCGUCGACUCUAGCAUAACACAUGCCCGGGUUAUGCUCGAUGAAGGAAUCGAACGUGCAGUUCACGCCAAAACCGCUCUUCGUGAAAGCAUCGAUCGAGCCAUCGCCCUUGCCCAGGAGAAACGCCUGAUUCACUACUCUGACCUCCCCCACCCAUGGAGGGUCAACCCUCAUAUCCGAAAGGGCUACCGCUUCACAGCCUCCAAGAUCGAAUGCGUCACCUCGGUUUUCUCCUUCUCCAACGAGAUGUUCAACAUCUGGUCACAUCUCAUCGGCCUGAUCAUCGUUCUCUCCGUGGCAUUCUACUUCUACCCGCUGAGCCCUAAUUUCCACCUCAGCACCAAAACCGAUGUCACCAUUGCCUUUGUCUUCUUCAUCGCCGCCUGCAAAUGUCUCGUCUGCAGCACAAUGUGGCAUACCAUGAACAGUAUAGCUAACCAGCCCCUGAUGGAACGCUUUGCUUGCGUCGACUACACCGGCAUCUCCUUGCUCGUGGCUGCCUCCAUUGUCACAACAGAAUACACUGCGUUUUACUGCGAACCGUAUUCCCGAUGGACCUAUAUCCUCAUGACCUCUACCCUAGGUAUCGCCGGCGUUAUCCUUCCCUGGCAUCCUCGUUUCAACGGCCCCCACAUGGCCUGGGCGCGCGUUGCGUUCUAUGUGACUCUGGCCCUCACCGGGUUUGCGCCAAUCGUCCAGCUAAGCUACACCCGCGGCCUAGAGUGGUCUCUCUACUUCUACGCUCCCGUGGUAAAGAGUAUUUUGGUUUACUUUUGCGGAGCAUGCAUCUACGCCUCACAGAUUCCUGAGCGUUGGCACCCCGGAUUCUUCGACUACGUUGGCGGCAGCCACAAUAUCUGGCAUAUGGCUGUUCUGGGGGGUAUCAUAUUUCAUUAUUUUGCUAUGCAAGAUCUAUUUGCCGGAGCAUUUCUGCGGGCAAAGGGCGAGUGUCCCUGUCUUACUUCUUAG